UAAAAAAAAAUAGUACACAACAAUUCCAGGCUGACAUUGAUGCCGUGUCAGAUGAGGAUUUCUCAAGCCAUUCAUAAUAUUAAAGAAAAAAAACACUUUUGUCGCUUUUCAAAAUCUGAAUUGCCCUCGAGCUUUUAUGUUCAGUAAAUAUAGGCCUGGGUUAAACUCGUUUCGCUCUACCAGGAGGGUGGUAACACUUAUGCAAUUGCACAUUUGGUAGAGCUAUGCUCUAAAAUUCUGUCUUGCCUUAUACUACAUUCAAAACGGAGUUACAGCAAAAGUAGGCCUUGUAAAGAUGGACGAUGUUAUAAUUGGACUGUUGGCAGCAUUUGGAUCUGCUCUCUUCUUUGGAUCAUAUGCGGUUCCUAUUAAAAUGCCUGCAGCUCUUUCUCUUGAUCCUUUUGUGUUUCAAUCUUAUAAGUCAACUGCAUGCUUUAUGACCUCAUGGCUUGUCUUAUUAUAUACUCCUUACAGGUUUACCUGGUGGGGAAUGUUGGGUGCAUUGAUUUGGGUCACAAAUGGUGUAAUGGCAAUUUCAGCAGUUCGAUGGGCAGGAAUUGGCAUUGCUCAAUCUCUAUGGAGUGGCCUUAGCAUAUUUAUAGCCUACAUUUGGGGAGCCUAUGUCUUCAAGGAGCACUUGAAAAGUCACUUUCUAUCACUAUUGGCAUUGUUAAUUAUGACGUUAGGAAUGAUAGGAAUUGGAAUUGCAGUUUCUGGGGUAAAAGGAUUGCCGUCCUUGCUUGAUGUUUGGUUGAAGUUAGAAGUAAACUUUGUUUCAAAGAAAGAUUGCCCAAAGUAUAACUGCAUCAAAGUUGAAGACUCUUCACAACCUUUUAUAAAGGGCAUGACUCCAGAUGCUGGUAGAGUUAAAGGAGAUUGUGACCAUCAAAGUAAUAAUCUUGUAAAGGGCAUUCUUUGUGCAGUACUUGUAGGAGCUAUGAAUGGCAGCUUUAUGAUUCCGCUCAAAUAUGCAAACAAGGACGUUGUUGGAGUAGAAUACCUGGUGUCCUUUGGAAUAGGGUCCAUGACAAUGACACUGGUGCUUCUUGGCACUUAUACUAUUGUUUUAGUCUUCCAGGGAAGGCCCCUACCUUCUUUGUAUGUCCCUGGAGCGGUGGGCCCAGCUUUUCUUGCAGGUCUCCUUUGGAGCUUGGGAAACUUUUUCAGCAUAUAUGCAACUUUGGACUUGGGGGUAGCUCUUGGAUGGCCAUUAGUUCAGUGCCAACUCCUUGUAAGUGCCAUGUGGGCUGUCUUUUUCUACAAAGAGGUGACAACUAAGACUGGAGCAGCCUUACUAUUAGGAUCAUCUAUACUAGUUGUCUCGGGCGCUAUAAUGCUCUCAAUAUUUGGGACAACCGGGUAAUAAAUGGAUGCAGGAACCCCCGUCACCCUCAACGAGGAGAGGGAGAGUAUCAUGGGGGAGAGGGGCGCAAACAUGAGAAGAGGUCAAAGUUGCCAUCAAUGCCAACUUAUGCACAACUAAGAUAAGUUGACCUUGCUAGGUUUAGAGUUGUCGACCUAGCGUCAUUUUGGUUAGUGUCGGUAAUAUUGUUGUUGGUGGGUUUGAAUCUUGUGUAGGCUAUAGUAUGUCUUGUUAAGGUCGUCACCACCUUGCCAAUAACUUCUGAUAUAAAUUUAUGUUUCUGGAAUAAAAUAAUGACUUAAAUUAAAACGAGAUAUUGGUUAAACACAAACACAUAGACACAGACACAGACUCACUCACAUGUGUUUUACGUAAUGAUAAUAAACACAUGCAUAUACAUAUUAAGUUAAUACCUUUGGAAAUUUAAUACGGCUAAUAUAGCUGGACCCAUAUCGGUCCAUUAUGAGUAAUACUUAUAUCGAGCCAUAAUGUGAAUUGGCAAGUAUGAGAAUAAUAUGCGGUGGGGAUUCUAAUAAUCGACACAUGGAUCUUUUCUUGAGUUAAAAUGAAAUGAAAUUCAAAUUGUUAGUGCUGCAUUCGUCUGAGCCGUUUCUUGAUCUCUUGAAAUUAAAUGAUAUUUGGAGUCCGGCCAUAUAAGGACGGAGCUCGCUCAUUCUUGGGGGGAUUAUAAUUAAUCACUGAGAAAAAGAUAGCAGAAAACAUUGGCGCAUGUAUUUGGAAGGCGUAAGCUGUGAGAGAUAGCUACCACGGGUUGUGGAGAGGGAGCUCGAUAGCUUUAAAGCUGCAGUCUAAGCAACUCAAUGACUCCAAUCCUCAAACUCAGGCAUGCGAAGUCUCACUUCUUUUAGUUUUUACUAGUUUUGAAUGAGUGCGAGCUUGUAUAGCUCUGUAAAUAGUACGGCUAAUUCAUAUUCCAUCUUUCCUUAUCAAGCAUUUUCUCAUGAAAUAAUAUGAGUCUUAUUGUGUCAAAAAUCCGCCAGAAUUAAUAGAAGCCAGUAAUGCAUGAUACGUAUUUCAAUGUCAUCUUUCUGCCAAUAAUGAAAAGAUAACAACUAUAGCAAGCCUAUCGAAUCUAUUUGCUCUGGUCAAAAUGUAAGUUUACCUAAGCAAAACUAUUCUUUACUCAAUCAAACUGAAUCUUGAACGCAAACACAUAAACGGGUCUAAGGAACCCUGUAAAUUAUUUCACUAAGGAAAGACAUUGUGAGUAGUUAUUAUAUUCUUUAGAGGCUGCAAUUGGAUACGUAUAAGGGAGUAGCCUAAAACCUAAUUUUUUUACUUAAUUCAAGAACAAAAACCAUUUCAUGAACUUGGGUGGAGACAUUGUUGUCUCAAUAAGAAACACUUUGUGUUACUUAGAAGCUUCUCUCUCAUGAAGACAUAGCUGCAAGAUAGGAAUCUGAUUGUAUUAGUUGCAGAAUUAUAGUGGACAAUUCCAAUUCUUUAUUAUUAGAUAAGAAGAACAAGCUCAUGAAUGGUCACCUAUUUGGAAUAAGAAAUGCAUUUUAUUGGCCUGCACCUAUAGGCAUGCAAGUAAUUGCAGUAAGAGGAAGAGUAUGCAUUCAAUUAGGGUGCAAAAUUGGCAUACAAUUGUAUGCAUGCAGAAUGUAGCAAGUGCACGUUAAGGGUAUGCAUGUAAGGUGCUAUUAUAGAUUCUUAGAUAAAUUUUUAAGUAAGAAUUGAAUUUCUUGUUCAAUUAUACUUGUUGGAUCGUACAAGGAAAUGUCAGUUGACUAGUGAGCUUAGCUGAGUGUAAAUACUUUUGUAGAUGCUUCAAAGCUGCAAGUUAAAACCUUCCAAUCCAUAUGAACAAGAUAGAAAUGAUUAAAUCAUGUUUCUAGAGUUCUCCAUUGCUAUUGCAUGUGAUUAAAUCAUGUUUCUAGAGUUCUCCAUUGCUAUUGCAUGUGAACUAGAACGUCAUAACCUCAAUGCAGAGCAAGCAUGCUCUUAAGCCAUUGUCGACCUCCACCAGGUUAAUUAGAACACAAGAAUAUAUAAGUAUCAAGUUGAGUAGGGUGGGUGGACAGAUGAUUGCACACAUGUCGUGCAUAUUUAACAAGACUAAAUCCUUUGGCCAAGGUGGUGCAUUGUUCUGCAUGCGCCCGUUAGUUCACCAGAACCAGAUACCUGUAGAAUAGAACCAGAUACCUGUAGAAGUCUAUAGUGUGCGACCGACUAGAGGUGUGUAAGUUUCUAAACACCAGGCUCAGAUGGCAAUUAGAUCUAGUCUUGUGUCCGCACCCUCGCGAAGGGUAGGGCCACUUUUGGAAGGAAGGUGAGCGGGGGCAACCGCCAGGUCUAUGGUCGGAGGUAAAGCAUCCCAAUGAUACUCUCCCUCAAGCAGAAUAUGCCAAUACUUGAUUGGACAUCAACUCGUAUAAAAUACGAGACAUUGUAGCUUCUAAACUGUUCUUCAUUUUCUCAUCAUGUUCUGUAUGUUUACAUGAUGUAGUGGAUUAUAAUAUUUAGAAUCGCUUGCUUUCAAGCUUUC